UUCUGGAGUAUGUUACAGUGAGAGUAUGUAUUUUGCUUUUGCCAUCUAGCGGACGUAAAUUGAAUCACUCAAACUAAUGUCGCCAAUCGCCAUGCCAUCUAGCGACCCAAAUUUGAAACAUUAAAAAAAUGUCUUAGAAAAAUUUCAAUUUAUUAUUGUAAAUUUUUUAAUUUAAUGAAUUUUUAAAAAUAAAUACUUAUUGUAAUUAGCAUUAAAACAAUGUCCGGCUAUCAUAGAAUAUUUAAGCUAAAAGGCUUUUUAAGCUCCAUAAGAAAUUUAAAGAAUAUUAACAAAAUAAACGAUAGUUUAACUAAAGAAAUAGACGAUUUGUGUAGUAAAAACAAAGUACUACAAGAUUCCAGCAAUAGCUUGAGUAAACUAAAGGAAUUGAAUCAGUUUCUGAGCAAGGAAUUUGGAAAUAAAUCCCUAUACUCGGUUCAGAAUUGCUUGGAAGACAAAAAAGAUGCUCAGCAUAAAAGAAAGUUCUUGAAGCCGAGACACUUGAAAAAGGAAAUUGAAAAGUUAUGCAAACACUUGAAAAGUGGACAAGUUUUAGGGGGCAGUGCCACAUUUGCUGCCGCAUCUGGACUCAGUUUAAGAGAAAAUGUCACUACAGAGACUAUUUUUGAAAAUUUCAAUCAAAAAGUGCCUGCUUCAGUUUUGGAUAAAGAUAUUGAUUCUCCUCAAAUAUUUAAAAAAGCUACAAUUUCUGAUAUUAACUCAGAUUAUUUUGUUGUAAAAACUGGAAAAUAUGCGGAAACAGACACCUCAUUUCCUUUUACGGAAAUUUCUAGUGAAUCUUUGGACACUACAGAUCCAAUUCCUGAACCGCCAUUGGUUCCAGAUUGGACAGCAGAAUCAAUAAAUCAGCUCAAUGCCCUGGGCGAACCUACUUUUGCCUCUUUGGGAUUGGGCGGGUCCACUCCAGUAGGUAUUCUGCAAAGCGCCAUGGAAUAUUUGCACGCCACUGUCGGUCUGGAAUGGUGGGCCACAAUAGUAUUGAGUACUUUAAUAAUCAGAAUUUGUCUGUUCCCGUUGGUAAUCCUGGCCCAAAGGAACGCGGCCAAAAUGAACAACAUAAUGCCGCAAAUGCAACUUUUACAAAUGAAAAUCACCGAAGCACGGCAAACGGGCGACUCAAUGGGCGCCGCACGGUACAGCCAAGAAUUAAUGGUUUUCAUGAGAGAAAAGGGCGUCAAUCCGUUCAAAAAUAUGCUUGUGCCGUUGGCUCAGGCUCCGAUUUUCUUGUCAUUUUUCAUGGGACUGAGGCAAAUGGCCAAUGUACCUGUUGACAGUUUGAGGACCGGCGGUGUUUUCUGGUUUACCGAUUUGACGUUGCCAGAUCAAUUUUAUUUGAUGCCUGUUAUUACUAGUUUGACAUUGUGGGCAACUAUUGAGGUAGGAGCAGACGCAGGACGAUUAUCAGCCCAAAACGCCGUAAUCCUGAAAUAUUUCCUGCGAGCGAUGCCCAUCAUCAUUAUACCGUUCACCAUGAAUUUCCCCGGCGCCAUUUUGUGCUACUGGGUGUCCAGCAAUUUCGUUUCGCUGAUUCAAGUGUCCUUUUUGCGCAUACCCAAAGUCCGGGACUAUUUCAAAAUCGAACGCAUGGUGACGUUCACUCCGGAUCAGUUGCCCACCAAACCCAAAGGAUUCACCGAAGGAGUUAAAGAUUCUUGGACAAAUUUGAAAUUAACCCGCGAAUUGGAUGAGAGGCAGCGAUUGGACGAGAUGCAAUUUAAAAGAGCCGGAAAAGGACCCCUUCAAAAAACUUUCAAAUACGAUCCUACCAAGCUACCGCCCUCUGGCGGUGGCGGUCAACAACAGGCGGCCAUUAGCGCCAAAAAACGUUCCUGAGUUAUUAAUUGUGGUUUUCAAUUAGUUUUGUAAUGAGUAAAAAGUUGAUAAAAUAAAAAUUGUUUUCGGUUUG